AUGGAGAUGUUAAAAGCUUUUAUAUAUAUGAUAGUAUUAAUAACAGACUAUUUAAAUGAACCUGUAUUUGAAAAACAUAGUUUGAAUUCGAUUUAUCUAAAUAACAUACAUUCAAGUGUUACUGGCAAUCUAAUUGAAGAUAAUGUAUCAAUAGAAAGCAUAGAAGCGGACGGUGUGAACCUAUUUGAUAUUGUGGGUGGUGAUUGUGGAGGUGCUAAGAUGUGUUCCAACAUAGACAGUAAUUGGACAGAUGAAAAUACAAUAACCAUUGGAUUUCUGGGAGCUUACGGAUACAGUAUGACCGUGCUGGGUGCGCUGCCGCUUGCUGUUGCGGGCGUCAACCGUGAGCCCAGCCUGCUGCCGGGCCGCCGUCUUCGCUUCGUGGCUGCCAACAUCGGCCGCCCCAGACCACCGCUGCCGCUCCACAGGGACUCACUCUCGCUCAGGGUGAUGACACAAAUGCGUGAUCUCGGCGUAGUGGCGUUCUUCGGUCUCGACGGCACGUGUCUCACCGAGGCAAAGCUCGCCGCCGCCUGGAACCUUCCUCUAAUAUCGCAUAAAUGCCCUGAAGCAGAGGGUUCGCAUGAGGCGGGCGAGGCUGGCGGGAUGGGCGCGACAUUCGCCCGCACGUUGCCACCCGCUCACAAGGUCAGCAAGUCAGUGGUGGCUCUGCUGAAGGCCUUCGGAUGGAACAAGUUCGCGAUAGUAGCCGGUGACGAGAGCACCGCCGCUGGACAGCAGAUGGAUGCCAUUAAAGAACUGUCACAGAGCAAUGGGCUCGUGAUAACAGCGGAGCACCGCUUCAUCGAUUACCUGCCGCACAAGUCCGAGCACAUACAGCGGAUCGUUGAUGACACCUACUUUAAAACACGAAUCUAUGUAUUCCUUGGCGAGCAUGUGGCGCUUGUGGAGUUUGUGAACGCGCUCAGAAGACGCGGUCUGCUGGACGCCGGAGAGUACGCGGUUAUUGCGGUUGAUGAUGAAAUAUUCGAUCCUAAUACAACAGCUAUCACGCAUGCAGAUCACUUGAUUCAGAACAGCAGUAGCGACAUCCUGGCAUUCAGAGCAGUUCUCAAACUCACGCCUUCAUUUCCUAUAAAUCCACAUUACCCGAAGCUGUGUCAGAUGAUACGAGAGUUAUCUGCCAGGUCUCCGUUCUGUGUACCCAAUUACCACAAAAUAUUCGAAGAUACAUCCGUGCCGAUAGAAGCGGCUCAUCUGUACGACGCGGUGACGCUGUGGGCGCGCGCUGCUACUGCAACGAUGAGGAACGGCCUACCGCCGACAGAUGGGGCCACUCUGAUGAAAUUACUCAGACCUACUACGUACAGAUCUCUACAAGGAUUCGACGUAAACAUGGACAGCGCUGGUGAUGCCGAAGGCAACUUCUCAGUGAUAGGUCUUAUGGAAGACGCGAGCGCGGCUGGAGGCUGGAGCGCACAGCCUGUCGCCGCUUUCAGAUAUCUCAACGCAUCAGAUCCGUUACCCGAAUUAGUUGGUGGUGAUCGCAUCGCGUGGAUAAACGGCAAGCCACCUAUAGCCGAGCCGGUAUGCGGGUUCGACGGCACCAAAUGCUCCCUACCUCAUGAUCCCCUAGUACUCUCUGCAGUGGCAGCAGUGGCCACCGCAGCCAUACUAGCAGCAGCAUUGUUCUUACGUCAUUAUAGAUAUGAACAGAAACUUGCUUCAGUUCUCUGGAAAAUUGAGGCGAAAGACCUGACUUUUAUAUCAGCGUGCAGUGAUGCGAAGGUUUCGAUUCCACAAGAGGUAGAUAUGCGAAGGGCGCAUACAACGAUUGCUUUGUAUAGAGGCAACAUUGUUGCUGUUAAAAGAUUAAAGAAGAAAAGCAUCGAUGUAACUCGAGCAGUUAAAAAAGAACUUAAACAGAUCCGGGAGCUCCGUCACGCGAAUCUCACUGCAUUCGUCGGGGUCUGCGUGGACAGUGGUUCAGCGUGCAUAGUGUCCGCGUACUGCUCACGGGGCUCGCUAGCACGCGUGCUUGCCGAUAGAGACCUCUUGCUCGAUGACAUGUUUGUCGCAAAGCUAGUCGCGGAUCUGCUUCGAGGUUUAACAUACCUACACGACUCCGCACUAGUAUCGCACGGCAAUCUGACAUCAAGUAAUUGCUUGGUUGACAGCCAUUGGGUGCUACAGAUUUGUGAUUAUGGAUUGCACACUUUAAAAAGUGGGUGUAUGGAGACAGAAGACGCACUGCGCAUGGAGAGACGCAUGCUGUGGCGAGCGCCCGAGCUCCUGCGGGAUCCCAACCCGCCGCCCUGGGGCUCGCAGAAAGGAGAUGUCUAUUCCUUCGGAAUCAUACUCUAUGAAAUACUUGGCAGAAAUGGUCCGUGGGGUGAUACCAAUUUAACAAAUGCAGAGAUAAUCGGUCGAGUGCGUCACCCGAUCGGCGGCGUGCUGUUCAGGCCGCCACUGAGCGGGCUGGCGGCGCGGCCCUCAGUGCUAGCCGUGCUCAACGCUUGCUGGAGCGAGCGCCCCGACCGCAGACCUGAACUGCGUCUCGUCUGGCUACGUCUUAAGGACAUGCACGCCGGCAUGAAAACCAAUACUUUCGACAACAUGCUGGCAAUGAUGGAAAAGUACGCCUCCAAUUUGGAAGCGCUCGUAGAAGAGAAAACUGAACAAUUGACGCACGAAAAACGAAGAACUGACGAUCUCCUCAACAGAAUCCUUCCCAGAACCGUAGCGGAAGCUUUGAAGCGCGGCGAGCCGGUGCAGGCGGAGAGCUACGACAGCGUCACCGUCUACUUCAGUGACAUUGUUGACUUCGCACACAUUGUCAACACGAGCAGUCCCAUGCAGGUAGUGGACAUACUCCACGACUUGUACACAUGCUGUGAUGCCAUCAUUUCAUAUUACAACGUUUACAAGAUAGAGCCGUUAUGUGACACUUACAUGGUGGUGGGCGGGUUACCAGAGCGGUGCUCGCGGCACGCGGCAGAGGUCGCCUCGCUUGCGCUACACCUGCUCGCCGCCGUACCCCAAAUACGUAUCAGACACGACCCGGACAUAAGGCUCAAUAUAAGGAUCGGUAUCCACACAGGGCCGUGCUCGGCGGGCGUUGUGGGCUAUCGGACACCUCGCUACUGCCUGUUCGGGGACACGGUGCGCACGGCGGCGCGCGUGCUGGCCGCGGGCGAGCCGCAGCGCGUACACGUUAGCCAUGACACCUACGUCACACUGCGCAAACAUGGCGGGUAUCACUUCAAGGAAAGAACUCACACAAAUGUCAAAGGCCAUCGACAAAUCAAGACAUGGUGGUUGGUUGGUGAAGAUCAUGAAAGGAGAAAGGAGCCAUUCUAUCGCUUUCAACCUGGCUUAAACCGCAGCUCAGUAUGUGCCAGUUACGCUGACAGCUCUUGGGGUCUGGAGCGUUCUAUACACAACAUUAGAGACAGGGCCCGACUGUCUUGCGGAGGAUCUUUAGGGCCCGGAUCCGCGCUGUCAUCGCCGGGCCCUCCAGCUUGCGCCUGCUUCGUCCCCCAAAGGGACCAUCACUCGGCGCCCGUCGUCUCAUUCUGCGAAGACUGACCUUAAUAUAAU